CAUGCGGCCCCACGCCGCAGCCUAUCCCGCCCGCCGCACCACGCACCCUAGCAGUCAGUGGGUGAGCUGGGAGCCGCGGAGGUCACCGUGGGGAGGCGGGGCGGGGGCAGCAUGGCAGCCUCCUUACGGCUCCGUGGAGCCGCCUCCGGCCUCCGGUACUGGAGCCGCCGGCAGCAACCGGCAGUGGCCAGCCUUGCAGCGGUGUGUUCUAGGUCAAUGGCUUCUAAGACUCCAGUUGGAUUCAUUGGAGUAGGCAACAUGGGGAAUCCAAUGGCAAAAAAUCUCAUGAAACAUGGCUAUCCACUCAUUAUUUAUGAUGUGUUCCCUGAUGCAUGCAAAGAGUUUCUAGAUGCAGGUGAACAGGUAGUGUCUUCCCCAGCAGAUGUAGCUGAAAAAGCUGACAGAAUUAUUACAAUGUUGCCCACCAGCAUCAAUGCAAUAGAAGCUUAUUCUGGAGCAAAUGGAAUUCUAAAAAAAGUGAAGAAAGGCUCACUAUUAAUAGAUUCCAGUACUAUUGAUCCUAUGGUUUCAAAAGAAUUGGCCAAAGAAGUUGAGAAAAUGGGAGCAGUUUUCAUGGAUGCCCCUGUUUCUGGUGGUGUGGGAGCUGCUCGGUCUGGGAACCUCACGUUUAUGGUGGGAGGAGUCGAAGAAGAAUUUGCUGCUGCCCAAGAGCUUCUGGGGUGCAUGGGCUCCAAUGUGGUGCAUUGUGGAGCCGUUGGGACUGGGCAGGCUGCGAAGAUCUGCAACAACUUGCUGUUAGCUAUUAGUAUGAUUGGAACCGCUGAAGCUAUGAAUCUGGGAAUCAGGUUAGGGCUUGACCCAAAACUCUUGGCUAAAAUCCUAAAUAUGAGCUCAGGACGAUGUUGGUCAAGUGACACCUAUAAUCCUGUACCUGGGGUGAUGGAUGGAGUUCCCUCGGCUAAUAACUAUCAGGGUGGAUUCGGAACAACACUCAUGGCUAAGGUACUGGAGGAACAGAGGAAAAGAAAACAGCAAAAAGCUCUGGGAAGAAAAAGGAACGGACGGUACGGGCUAGGCGAGAGUCAGCCUUCAGAGCUGGCGUUCCAGGAGCUCAGAAGUGUUUCUCUCCGUAGGGCUGCCCUCACCUUUGAUUGUGUGAGUUGCUAGUGGUGGGGAAAGUACAGAGCUGAACUUGUCAUCCCCACAGAGUUUGGUAAGUAGCUCCAUGGGAAGGCCACUAAGGAGGAGACUGUCCCAAUCAUCUGCUGGGCUCUAUGUGCAGCUGAAAGGAGUGACCAGCAGAACUCUUGUUAUUGUACUGAUUCCAGCAAUUAUGUGUACAAGAGGGAUGAGGAACUGUGGAGACUAUGGAAAUCACAUAAUGUCUCUGGGGCUCCCCAGUUGUGUCAGGAUUGAAAUAUGAAUGCCAUGCUGGCUGGUGACUUCCUUGUGGCGUGUAUACAUUAUCCCCCCCGUGCCACAAGUCGCAUGCAGUAGCACUUCAUUAUUUUAAUUAAGGUUAUUGCAAGAGUAAUCAUCAUCGCCGUCAGUAUCAAUCAUCAGUAAUUUUUCCGAUUAUGGCCAUACGUGGUGACAGUCCAUGUUGACAGUAAAUGAUAACACCUCUGGCUUGAACUGACACUUCAUUGGACUUUGCGAGGUAGCACUGAACACUCCUGGGCUUGCUACGUAAAGAACUAUUUAUCUAUGACAAAAGCUGGGUCUAUCCGAUAUUUGUUUUUGCUUCCCAAAUGGAUAAGUUCAUAAUAUUUGCAAAAUUCAUCCUUUAGGAGAUGACAGCCACAGAGUCCAAAACACAUUUAGAAAGAAGGUAUAUGCUCUGAGCUCAGGGCUGCAGCAUCACAGCCAUUCCCCAGCCUGUCCUAAAUGUGUAUUCGUUGAGUUAUAGCUCUUUCUUCCGCAUGGACAUGGGAAAUGAAGUUGUUUCGAUUGCAGAAUGCCUCUUGGCAGCUUCCUGUUUCUAAGUGGAAGCAGGGAGACAGGAAUCUGAGGGCAAAGAGCUCCACUUCCCUUUAUAACUGGCUCUUUCUGGCAUCCCACAUGAUUGAAAUUCUUCAACAUUUAAAUAAGCUUUCUCCGAAACAACAAUAACCUAGUUGCUUAUUAUUUUUGUUACUGCAUUUCCAUGGUUUAAAGUACUCCCUGGUCUCAACCGUUUGUGCUACAAAUAAUUUUAAUUGAGCCGAGAAACCCUUGACAUUUUAGAAAUUACCUUCUAUUUAUAAGACUUUAAGAAGGAACCUUCCUGGCAGUCCUGACCUCUGUGUGAGUUGGCCUUUUCCCCCCACUACUUCGAGUUUAGUUUUUUUUAUUUUCAUUGAACCAAAUUACUUUCAUUCCUAAUUUAAUUUUUUGCAGUAGCAAAUAGAAAGCCAAUUUGCUAUGUUCAUAAAAUCCCACACAAGCUAUGAAAUACCCAGACUCUUUCGACUCACACUCAUCAGGAAGCUGCUCAUCUCAAGUCCAUUCCAUUAAGGUUGAUGAAAUGGGUUCUGGGAAGAUUACUAAUGAUGAGGCUCUAUCAGGUUCUAAAGUAUCCUCGGGGGUUCAUAGAAGUCUUCUGAAUAGUGAAAAUUUUAAUUUGCAUUAUUUAUUUUCCCCAAAUAUCACAAAUCGUUCUGGUGUAGGCCUUGUUAAGGCAAAUUUCACUUUGAUACAAACAACAAAAUACUGUGCUUUGUACAGUGCUUUUGCAUUCAUUGUCCUCUUUGCUCUUCAAAGGAACCCAUUCUUUCAUUCAGUAAAUAUUUAUAGACCACUUUCUAUGUUCCAGGCACUAUUCUAGGCACUCCGGAUAUAGUACUGAGCAAAACAUCUCGUGGAACUUACAUUUUAGGG